ACAGAUCGCUUUGCUGCCCCUGUCCAGGGGGGCUGGGGCACGCCGUCGGACACGCCCUGGAUAGUCAGGCUAGCAACCAUCCUGUGGUCCAAACAGUGAAACUACGCUUUGAUAAUUAAUAUUCUUAUAUUUCUGGGUAGCACUCUUAUUCGAUAGCUCCGAGAACUGUUGCUGAACCUAAAGAAUAUAACAGAUAAUUUUUAUCGGCGUUGAUCUGGCGUCCAGACGGCGCCACAGUCAAGUUGCGCAGCUGAUCGUUGUCUGUGACGUCACGGCGCCGGAGGGUGCCUUCCAUUUCAAAGUGGCGCCGGCGUGAGAGCCGCUCCGACCGCCGCGUGCAGUGGACGUCCGCCGAGUCCCGCUCCCGACACCAACACCAACGCCACCAUGACCAACGAGGCUGCCGAGACCAAGACCGAGACCCCGGCGGCGCCGACCGCCGGUCAGGACGUGCCGGUCAAAGAAGAGGUCAAAGCUGAGGUCAACAAAGAGGAGAAGUCCGACCAGGACACGGAGAAGGAGAAGAAGACCGAAGAGAAGAAGGAAAAGAAGCCGGCGGCGCCUCCCAAGCCGACCGUUCACAAGGCUGAUUUCGAGAAGGAUGUCGUCUACCUGUUCCAGUUUUCGCGGACGCCUGUCCUGCCCUCGAUCUCUCCGUUCUGCCUCAAAGUGGAGACGUUUCUCCGGGUCGCCGGCAUCAAAUAUGAGAACGUGGACCACCGGAUGAAGCUGCGCUCCAAGAAGGGUCAGCUGCCGUUUGUCGAGCUGAAUGGCGAGGAGAUCUCCGACUCGUCCUUCAUCAUCAAGGAGCUGUCGGCCAAGUUUGAGAAGGACCUGGACGCGGCGCUCAGCACCGAACAGAAGACACUCAGCCAUGCCAUGAUCACCAUGGUCGAGAACCACCUCCACUGGAUUGUGAGCUGGUGGAAGACCAAGGUUCCUGUCCGCAUGCUGGACGGCUACAAGAUGGACCUGCAGAAGGUCUUCCAGACUAAGAUUCCCGCGCCGAUCCUCAACUUUGUCUUCAAGCAGAAGAUGAAGAGCAAGUCGAAGGCAGUGAAGGCGGUCGGCCUGGGCGUGCACAAGUCUGAGGAGAUCGAGGACCUGGGCAAGAGCGACCUGAAGGCCCUCUCCGACCAGCUCCAGGACAAGCCGUUCUUCUUCGGCGACGAGCCCACACUGCUGGACAUCGUCACCUUCGCCAACGUGGCUCAGCUGGUGUUCCUUGACAAGGAGGUGGAGUGCCCGCUGAGGAGCUACAUCGAGGAGUCGCACACCAACCUGGUCGGCCACGCCAACCGAAUCAAGGAGCGCUUCUACCCCGACUGGGAGGAGAUGUGUCAGAGUCUGGAGCUCAACACCCACCUGCCCAAGCCGCCGCCCAAGGAGGAAGUCAAAGAGGAGGAGGUGAAGAAGGAAGAGGCCAAGAAGGAGGCGCCCGAGGCGGCCGCCGAGCCCGCGGCCGAUAAGGAGAAGGCGGACGAGGACAAGGAGAAGGAGGAAGACAAUAAGAAGGCCGAGACGGAGGCCAAGGCGGAAUAAUCCAUCCGCCGCCGACUAUGACUGGAAAUGUUAUCUCAGCUGGGAAGAGCGGCGGCCUCCCCCGGAGCCAGAGGCCGCGCGCCGAGAGAGCUCGGUGCAGAGUGAGCAGAGACUGACUGGGUGACCCAGGGGCGCCCGAGCCGCGUCAGGGCGCCGCGGUACCCGGCCGCCGUACAUAUUGUACCAUUUUGUAUAAAUGUCUGCUUUGAUGUGCGCCCGCGCGGCCGAUCGGUGGGCUCGCUGUGCCGAGUGCGGAAUCGGUGUGCCGCACUCGCGCGUCUUACUCUCGUGACUGAAUUUCUAGCUUUUUAGCUGCCAAAGUGUCAUUCCAAAAUUGGCAUUUUAUCGCACUACUUUUGUACGGUUUUGUAAUACUCAUUUUUUACUCUCUCCCUCUAUCUAGGCGGUUGUGCGAGUGUCUGGUCCUGUCAUGCCUCAUCUCUCCCUCACCUUACCGCCCACCGCGUUCGAUAUCCAAAGAUAUUUUGGCUAUUUUUUGUAUAAGUUGCUGGUCUGGGGCGGCUCGGACGGGCCAGUAUACCGGCCGCUGAUUGGCCGGCGGUCGGUGACGUCGCCGUCGGCGCCGGCCAAUCGGCGUGCGCCGUGUCAGCUUGUGGACCAAUGCUGUUCUUGCCCCACGCCCGCCACCCUUGCCUGCGCUUUUGUGGGUCGCCGCUGGGGGGCCUCCAUACGCCGAUGGCAGUGUACGUGUAGCUAUCAGUAGGCUAGCCCGUAGAGCAAACAGGCGUUUCGAUCAAUCAAAAUCGAUGAAAUGUGCGGUUUGCGGCCCAGAGCGAGGAGAACGUUGAAAUACAUGUACACGUACACGAUUGA